CUGACUCUCUGAGGCUGGGAGCACCAUGGCCAGAGUCCUGCAGCUCUCCCUGACUGCUCUCCUUCUGCUGCCUGCGGCUAUUGCUAUGCACUCUGACUGCAUCUUCAAGAAGGAACAAGCCAUGUGCCUGGAGAGGAUCCAGAGGGCCAACGACCUGAUGGGCCUAAACGAGUCUUCGCCGGGUUGCCCUGGCAUGUGGGACAAUAUCACAUGUUGGAAGCCUGCUCAAAUAGGUGAGAUGGUCCUUGUGAGCUGCCCUGAGGUCUUCCGGAUCUUCAACCCGGACCAAGUCUGGAUGACAGAAACCAUAGGGGAUUCUGGUUUUGCUGAUAGUAAUUCCUUGGAAAUCACAGACAUGGGGGUCGUGGGCCGGAACUGCACAGAGGACGGCUGGUCAGAGCCCUUCCCCCACUACUUCGAUGCUUGUGGGUUUGAUGACUAUGAGCCUGAGUCUGGGGAUCAGGAUUAUUACUACCUGUCGGUGAAGGCCCUCUACACAGUCGGCUACAGCACCUCCCUCGUCACCCUCACCACUGCCAUGGUCAUCUUGUGCCGCUUCCGGAAGCUGCACUGCACCCGCAACUUCAUCCACAUGAACCUGUUUGUAUCCUUCAUGCUGAGGGCUAUCUCCGUCUUCAUCAAAGACUGGAUCUUGUAUGCCGAGCAGGACAGCAGUCACUGCUUUGUUUCCACCGUAGAAUGCAAAGCCGUCAUGGUUUUCUUCCACUACUGCGUGGUGUCCAACUACUUCUGGCUGUUCAUUGAAGGCCUGUACCUCUUUACACUGCUCGUGGAGACCUUUUUCCCUGAGAGGAGAUAUUUCUACUGGUAUACCAUCAUUGGCUGGGGGACACCUACUGUGUGUGUAACUGUGUGGGCUGUCCUGAGGCUCUACUUUGAUGAUGCAGGAUGCUGGGAUAUGAAUGACAGCACAGCUUUGUGGUGGGUGAUCAAAGGCCCUGUGGUUGGCUCUAUAAUGGUUAACUUUGUGCUUUUCAUUGGCAUCAUCAUCAUCCUUGUACAGAAGCUGCAGUCCCCAGACAUGGGAGGCAACGAGUCCAGCAUCUACUUCAGCUGCGUGCAGAAAUGCUACUGCAAGCCACAGCGGGCUCAGCAGCACUCUUGCAAGAUGUCAGAACUAUCCACCAUUACUCUACGGCUGGCCCGCUCCACCCUGCUGCUCAUCCCACUCUUUGGAAUCCACUACACAGUGUUCGCCUUCUCUCCAGAGAAUGUUAGCAAGAGGGAGAGACUCGUGUUUGAGCUUGGGCUGGGCUCCUUCCAGGGCUUUGUGGUGGCUGUACUCUACUGCUUCCUGAAUGGGGAGGUGCAGGCAGAGAUGAAGAGGAAAUGGAGGAGCUGGAAGGUGAACCGUUACUUCACCAUGGACUUCAAGCAGCGGCACCCAUCCCUGGCCAGCAGUGGAGUGAAUGGGGGCACCCAGCUGUCCAUCCUGAGCAAGAGCAGCUCCCAGCUCCGCAUGUCCAGCCUUCCGGCCGACAACUUGGCCACCUGAGCCCUGUCUCCCUACUUCUGCACAGGCUGGGGCUGCGGGCCAUUGCCUGCGCAUGUUUGUGCCUCCCCCCUCUCCUUAGGCAGGCCCUGGGUAGGAAGCUGGGCUCCUCCCCAAAGGGGCAGAGAGAGAUAGGGUAUAUAGGCUGAUAUUGCUCCUCCUGUUUGGGUCCCACCUACUGUGGUCCACUGAGCCCAAUUUGACAUGUAAAUACACCUCAAAUUUGGAAAGUUGCCCCAUCUCUUCCCCCCCAACCCAUGACCCUGCUCACCUCUGCCAGGCCCCAGCUCGACCUAUUGUGUCAAAGCCAGCCUCAGUGAUGGCCUGAUCCCAGGUACAAGGCCUUGUGAACUGAGUUUGAAACAUGCCUGCUUUGGAGAGACUGGGGUAGUGACCACCCCAUCAGCCUUGCAGCAAAUUGACUUUGGAUGUGGACCCUUCUCAGCCGGUACCAAGUCCUACAGUUGGCCAGGGAUACAGCUCAGUGUCCUGAGCAUCCUUUGGAGCUGGUCAGCCGAGCCUCCUUUUGCUUACGUCUAAGUUGUCCAGGUGCCCAGCUCCUGUGCGCCUGGAUGACGGGAAGGCUCUAGGGCUCUUUCAAAGACUUACAUUGAGGUAGGGUGAGGGUCAGAGAAAGUUCUGGUGCUUUUCAUUUGCUCUGAGAGCUGAGAAAUGCAGAUUCAAUUGGGAAGGAGAUGGGAUAGCUGAAGACCUUACCACAUCCAUGACUGUGCCCCUGACUCAAGACUGUAUUAUGCGGUGGCUUUAUUUCUCCACUUCUUGCCCACAAUGGAUGGUCCGAAGAAGCUGUUCUCCAGCCACAGCAACCACAGAAAGCCCCUCGCUCUCCCCUCUUCAUUGCCCCAUAAAUCAAAGCCAUGUCUAGAAUGGAGCAGCCACUUUGCAGUAAAAUCAAUGAGUUCCGAGGCAACUUUCAAUUUCCAUAAGCCAAGUCCUGGGUCCAGGGCUCCCCACAGCCCCACCUCUACUGAUUACGAGGAAUCCUACAGGCCACCCCCAGCCUGGACUCAAUUACUAAACUCUGAUUUGUCUGCAAGACUCCAUCCACGUGCCCUUGGCAUUCAAAUCACUCGUGGGGCCUCUUAGGGUGUUGGAGGUGAUACAGCAUCUAUCAUGGGCAUGGGCGAAAGCUGCUGGUGGGACUGCCCAUCUUGGCUCUCCAGCUGCAAGUUGCACAGCCAUAACCCAAGACUUUAAAAUAAGGCCACACCCAGAUUUGGGAAGGUAGACGGGAUAAAAGUAGUGCCAUGGGGCCAUGGGGCCCACCUCAUUCCAUGUAGAUGCUUGUUCCUGUCCCUGCCUCUGUGGGCUUGUUCAUGACUGUGCUCGGGACUGCAUGGGGAGUGUGGGAUGGGGAUGCUGCCUUGCUUGCUGUUGUAUUAAGUAGAAGGAGUUCUAGGAGACUUGAGAUAGUGCUUCUGGAGGAGCCAUUGGAAAGACGGGAGAAGAUUCUAAUAUGGUUUAAAGACGUGUUCUGUGCUCUUGACCAGUGAAGUAAGUUCUUGGGUCUUUGGCAAAGCUGGAAAGAGAGAGGGCCUCCUUGUCUUUCCCGGAAACAUUCAGUGGCUUGGACCAACCACUGAGUGUGCAUCAGCUCUUUCCCCCUGCACCUUAUUUCUCCCCGCCAGCCAGCCAGCCUCUCCCCUGUUCUGAGAACCAGGUUAUCAGCCAAACAAGAAUCAGUUGAUCCCCUUGCACUUUGGAUACUUCUAGGGAGCCUGAGCUGCUUAGAAGAAGCCUUGGUUCAGGAUUCCAGCUGGGUUCAUGACUGUGAACGCAGUGUGCCCUGUGCUGGGCCACAGCAUCCUUGUUUAUGAAAUGAGGCGGUUUCUAGAGCUUUUCCAGGUUCUGCAUUAGUUAAAAACUAAGGCAGGUAAACAGAGAUGUAUCCUUGUGAAAAUCAUCUAAGGUGUGUGUGUGUGUGUCUCUGUGUGUGUCUGUGUGUGUGUGUCUGUGUGUCCACGCACGCGCGUGUGUGCAUGUACAUGUGUGUAUGGAGGGGAAUGACAUUCUGUUUAUUUUCCCAUUUGGAUGCCACGUGGUAUCCAAAGCUGGUAGAGCAGAGGGAAGCUCAGGCCAUGGACAUUUGAAUGGGGCCUCAGGCAUCAUGUGCAGAACCAGCCCUUUCUGCCAGGCAGGGACAGGUUGCCUGUGGCACCUCCAUGCAAGGUGCCCUCCUUGGGCUAGGAGCCCCAUUCACUUGUCACUACCCCCUCCAGUGGCUCUGCUUCACUGUGGAAGGAAAUACUGUGACUUUCUGGUUGCAUUACUGCAAAACAGCAAAAACCAGAUCACCUGAGCCCCACCGCUUCCUGAGCCCUGGGCCUUUGUCCGCCAAGAACUUCCGGGUUCCUGUGGCUUUGUUUUUCUGUCUGAAGGAAUCUUUUUGUUAGUCUUGUGAUCAGAUAUACAGGAAGGGUUUUGCAUGUUGCAUUAAGGUCUGGCUCCCAGGUUGCAGGCAGUGAAGGGACAGCACAAGGCUGAGUGAAACCCUUCUUCCUCUUUGACCUUCUUACACAGUGCAAGCAAUAAGACUUGUUGAUUUGUGUGCAUUCAAGUGUACCUCUGGGGUUCUGUCUAACACCAACUAUCUUCCCUUGGAAUGUGCCCCAGGCAAGGCUUGCAGUAAUAUAUAGCCUGGACCCACAAAAGGGCAAUUGAUAAGGAAAUCCUGUGUGGUAGGUAAAAAGGGCGUCAUGGAUUUGGAAGCCUGGAGGCAGGAACAUAGCAGAUUUAAGGGGCACCCAGCUGGUGGAAGAUCACUCCUGGGAAAUGGAGGCUUGUUCUAUGAAACCUUAAAGGCCAAAUGGACCAUCCCGUUUUGGGGAUAAGGACAUCCCUGCCCUUAUCUCCUGUCAUAGCUGUUCAACUCCAGGGUCAGAAGCACUUGUCAGGAGAGGAUGCAGUCCUCAGGAGAUGGUAUUCCAUAUCAGGAAUCCUUAGACUGUCAGGAAGCCAGAGGAACUUAGAGGUGCUGCAGUUUUGAGCCUCAGUAUGCACCACGCUUAAGAUCUGACUACUUUCUCAGUGUACAGAGAAGAAGUCCUUCCUGAUGCACAGCAUCCCACAGUGAUGCCUUUCCUAACCCUGGGAUGGGGCUUGGUAAGGGCCGGGUGGUGGAAAUAACCCUGCAUCUGUUGCCCAGUACCAGGGUCUCUGCUGUUUGGUCUGUACCCUCUCUUCCUUGGAGGGAAAGCUGCAAGAGACUCUCUUUUUAAUUCCUUGAGUACCCUUUGCUCCCUACCAAAAGAAGACAGCAAGUCCCCUGACACUGCAAAUUUCACUUGAGCCUAGGGAGCUGCAAAACCAGGUGGGCCUAGCCUGUUUUUGAAUUGCAUUGCAUUGAAUUGUACCAGUAUUACACAGCCCUGCAUGUGAGCCAGAUGCAACACUCCAAGCAGCUGUGGAGUACAAUGUACCUUUUGCAGGAGUGGCUGUACCUGCAGAAAGCCCAGGAGUACACAGUACAGUGCAAGAGAAGCAUCAGAGUUGGCCUGGUAGAAGGAUACCUACUAGCAAACUUGGCCCUCUCCAUCUGUUCUGGGACUCCACACUUCCCUACCCUUCACGCCUGCUCUGCAAUGAGGUGGCUGUGGUCACAUACAUCAUCAUCUACCCUCUAACUAGGGAUGAGGUGGAGGUGAAAUGCUCCCUGGGAGUUCACAAGCUCUGAAAACAACACAGCCAUGUGCUCAUGUGAAGAUCCUGAAAGGUAUCUCCCUUUGCAGCCAGGCUACUGCUUUGAGCCCUUUUGGGUUAACCCAUUUGUAAAACCACCAGCAUGAGUGUGAGGAGGAGGCCACAGGGCUCUGGUGGACAUCAAAUCUCAGCGUUACCGUCAUCACUGUUCAGUUUGCUUUGAAGGUAAGGAUGAGGAGAACUCUGCUAUGAGCAACUCUGUGCUGUCUGCCUAGGAAUCCUUCAGUGGAUGGAACACUCCUCAAGUGAGCCAAAUGCCCAUUCUUUCUCCCUUCCCUGAACUCCAGGUCCUGUGCUGUGUCUGUACUCAGCCAUGUGUGUUUUGUCUGCUGUCUGUCUUCUGAGGCUUAGCGUCUGUCAGGGCUGGGGUGGUUCAGCCCUUAGUACUCCAGGUGUGGUUCCAGGUUCACUCAUGGGAGCUGGACCAGUCUGGGUUUAAUCUCCCACAAUAAAGAUAAGUCCCACGGACCUCACUGCUACUGCUGCCUCCAUUAACGCUGUGCUCACACCUUGUCUGGGAUUUUAAGGAUG